CCAUCACUCAACUAACACUUCGUCAAUGAGACAGUACACUUCGAUUACCCGAGCAGCAAUCAUGGCCACCCGCAAAGCUAUCGUCCACAAGUCCGCAGGAGUUGCCGAACUCGCAACCAUCCCCGUGCCACCACCGAGAGAUGAUUACAUCAUCGUAAAGACCAAGGCUGUGGCCCUCAAUCCGACCGAUUGGAAAAGCCUCCAUUCCCGCUUCACCGAGGGAGCCAUCGCCGGCUGCGACUAUGCCGGCAUCGUGGAACAAGUCGGAAGCGCUGUAACGAACGGCCUCAAGGUUGGCGACAGAGUCGCGGGAUUCGUCCGUGGUGCGGACCCCGACAAGAUUGAUGGCGCCUUCGCCGAUAUCAUCGCUGCGAAGGGCGACCUGCAGAUCAAGAUUGCCGAUUCCGUCUCCUUCGAAGAGGGUGCUACCUUGGGCGUUGGAAUUAGCACCGUCGGACAAGGCCUCUACCAGGCUCUCGGCCUACCUUUCCCGCCCCAGAAGGUAAAAGAGCCGACUACCAUCUUGAUCUAUGGCGGCAGCACCGCAACCGGCACGCUAGCCAUUCAAUUCGCGAAGCUCUCUGGCUGCGAAGUCAUCACAACCUCAUCGCCGCGAAACUUCGACCUCUGCCGCAGUCUCGGCGCAGACCAAACCUUCGACUACAAGGAACCAGAUGUCGGCGCCAAGAUCCGUGAAGCCACCAAGGGCCGCAUCUCUCUUGUCUUCGACACCAUCUCUGAACUCGGCUCUCCAGAGAUAUCUGCUGCCGCGAUUGGGCCUGCCGGUGGGAAAUACUCCUCUCUGUUGCCCGUCAAGACGCUCGGCCGAGAGGAUGUGAGCGUUGGUUUCACUUUGGCGUACACCAUUUUCGGUCUCAUGGUCGAAACUCCGGAGCAAGGGGUCAGAGAUUAUGAAUUCGGGGUCAAAUUCUGGAAGCUCUCUGAGGGGCUCCUGAACUCGGGGAAGUUGAAGGCGCAUCCGGCGGAGGUGAGGGAGGGUGGAUUGAUUGGGAUUCUGCAGGGCCUCCAGGAUUUGAAGGAUGGGAAGGUGAGUGGAGUCAAGCUCGUCUACAAGGUGGAGUAGCAGCCUGGUACUGUCAUGAGAGCUGGAAGACAGACUCAGUGUGUUAUCUUUAAGUGCUACAAAUCAGCCUGAUAAUACACUUAUGCCAUCGCUUGAGGCGCUUUGAUACAGUUGCGCGAGUCUUGAACUGAUGUAAGUUUGUUUACUAUCUGAUACCCUGAUGGAGUACCCCAAAUAGGAUCAAGUCGACUACUCUGCAGCUUGACCUCUUUCUCAAGAGGACGGCAAAACAUUGUAAUC